GCUCCAUAGUUUUCAUAUUAUUUCCAUUCCCAUAACUUUGAUUUUUGUUCUACCUAACCGUUAAUGAAUUACCUCCUUAUUUUGGGGUGCUUGCGUGUUUUCACUCCUUUUUGAACGCUGUGGCUCGCCCGUCAAACCUGAAUGCAAGGUUCCCGCAAUGGAUUCCAAAUUAAGAGAUCAUCGUACAGAGACCAUCGUACAGAGACCAUCGUACAGAGAUCAUCGUACAGAGAUCAUCGUACAGAGACCAUCGCGCAAAAAUCAUCGUACAGAUACCAUCGUGCAGAGAUCAUCGUACAGAGACCAUCGUACAGAGAUCAUCGUACAGAGACCAUCGCGCAAAAAUCAUCGUACAGAUACCAUCGUGCAGAGACCAUCGUACAGAGACCAUCGUGCAGAGAUCAUCGUACAGAGACCAUCGUACAGAGAUCAUCGUACAGAGAUCAUCGUACAGAGACCAUCGUCCAGAGAUAAUCGUACAGAGCCCAUCGUACAGAGAUCAUCGUACAGAGACCAUCGUACAUAGACUGUCUUACAGAGACCAUCGUACAGAGAUCAUCGUCCAGAGAUCAUCGUACAGAGACCAACCAUCGUACAUAGACUGUCUUACAGAGACCAUCGUCCAGAGAUCAUCGUACAGAGACCAUCAUGGCCAUGUCGGAGAACACGAAGCCCGGACUCUUCGUAGGACUGUUGGUCGUGGUCUGUGUAGUGAUCACCGUGUCGAUUAUUGUGACCAGAGAUCCUGUACCCCAGCCCGAGCCCCUCUUCAGUCAGCCAUACGAGUACGUGUGUCAAGAUGUUACAGGCUCCGGUCCUCGGUGUGUCAAAGUCGUCCGAACCGACGACAGCAACGGCACCUCUCUGAACGUCUGCAAGCUCACGUGCGGUGAACGCAGGCUCAUUUGGCCGUAUCCUGUCUCUGUUGAAGGCAUGGGAACCGAGAUGUCGCGGUUUAUCCCGAUCAAUGUUAUGUACGGUGACAUCAGUUCCCAUUCUACACAAAUCCAAGAUUUCAUUAAAGAGAACUGGGAGGCAUUCAAGGGUAACUUGGAAAUGAUUCAUCCUGACUAUGUCACCAAUGGAGUUGGUGAAUGGACUACCUCAGACACCUAUAAUAAAUUCAAGGUAUACGUAAAUUUCAUCAUCAAAACGGGAGUAUCAACCAUCAGUCGAACCACUAUCGAAUCCUACAGCCUCAAUAUUUCAUCAACCGCUGAACGCUCGACAGUCACCAUAGAAGCCAUCACUUACUUCGGAGCACGCCACGGCCUGGAGACGUUCUCCCAACUUCUAAACUAUGAUGCCGAAAACAACUGCCUUCAAAUGAUCAACUCUCUUGGGAGGAUUUACGACGAACCUUUCUUUAGACACAGGGGUUUGUCGUUGGACACAUCGCGUAAUUACAUCCCAGUCAAAUCUAUAAAGAAGACCAUCGACGCAAUGGCAGCUAACAAACUCAACUAUUUUCACUGGCACAUCACUGACACUCACUCUUUCCCGUUCAAGAUGGAAUCAUGGCCUCAAAUGCACGAGUAUGGAGCUUAUUCGCCUCGACAAGUAUACUCGCAUAAAGACGUUUCAGAAAUUGUAAGGUAUGGCAACGUACGGGGAGUUAAGGUGUACCCAGAACUUGAUUCUCCAGCACACAUUGGCAACGGAUGGCAGUGGGGACCGACUCAAGAACUGGGCACUCUUGCUGUGUGCGUGAAUCAGGAACCGUGGCAGUCGUACUGCGUGGAGCCGCCGUGUGGUCAGCUCAACAUAGCAAACCCCCGCAUAUACGACGUCCUGGCCAGCGUCUACAAGGAACUCGCCGACGCCUUCAGCCCAGUGCAGUACUUCCACUUCGGCGGCGAUGAGGUUUCGAUCGACUGCUGGAACUCGAGUGCCGAGAUACGUGACUGGAUGUCUGCAAAGUACGACAACGUCACGAAAGAUAGCUACUUUGACGAGUGGGCUAACUUCCACAGUCGCUCAAUGGAAAUUUUCGAAAACGUUACCGGCAUCACCGAUGUCAAAGGAAUUUUGUGGACAUCAUCACUUACGGAGGCCGGCAUGGCAGCCAAAUACCUCGACCCUGAAAAGUUCAUCAUACAAAUCUGGACGUACCAGAACAACAACGACAGCCUAGGAGAUGUGGAGGACAUCGCAUCUAAAGGCUUCGAGUUGAUCAUCACUAAUGCUGACGCGUGGUAUCUGGACUGCGGAGUAGGAGCUUGGGUUGGGAAUGGCUUCAAUUGGUGUUCUCCGUACAAACCUUGGCAAACAGUGUACGACAACAAUCCUCUUCUCAUGGUUUCCCCUGAGUACCGUGAUAAAAUUAUCGGAGGUGAAGCUGCCUUAUGGACGGAACAGGCUGACGCUCAAACUUUAGACUCAAAGCUGUGGCCAAGAGGUGCUGCCCUAGCAGAGCGCUUAUGGUCAAAUCCUAAUGGCACGUGGGCUGACGCAGAGCUCAGGAUGAUUCUGCACCGUCAACGCCUAGUGGAGCGGGGAAUUGCUGCUGAGAGGUUACAGCCUCAGUGGUGCUUUGAGAACGAAGGAUUGUGCUAUAUACUUUGAUCCCGAUUACAUUUCACUCAACUUUAUGCCAAAAUUGGAUAGCGUCAUGCAAAAUUUUCUAUAACCGGUCAGCUUUUCCUCGUAUUUAUUAUCAGAUUACUGUAAAACUUGGUAUAAGAUUUCGGCUUCAGUAUUGUAUCGAAAGAAGACCUGACGCAACACCACCUAGACAAAGUUGCGUCAACAUUAGCCGUAGGCAAAUACCGAGCUCAACCCGUGCUAAGGUUUUGCAGCUUAACAAGGCAGUGAUUAUUAUACGUUGUGUAUUUAAUUUCAUAGUUAGGUGUUGCGAAUUGACGUGCUUGGUUAGUAGCGAAACUGUUUUAUUCUGUGCUCUGAUUUAUUUUUAGAUUUCUUUCAAAUUUAAAAUGAAUGUUUUAAGAAUAUUUUUAUUCCAGUAUACUGUCAAGAAUAUUAGUGACUAAUUCACUUAUUUAUUGUUAUUUGCCCCUCAGGGGGGUCUUCUGACGCGUGUC